UUAAGAAUUGCUUAAAAAAUGGAGGAUACAAAAUCAGAUUUUGUUGUCAAAGAAGGGAAUGAUAGUGAAAUAUCCAAGAUCUUAGGCAAAGAAAACCCUAAACAAACAAAAAAGUCCAAGAAGUCAGUAAGACCAUUUCGUGAAAAGCUUUAUAAAGAGUUUUGGGAGAGGAAAACCCAAUACAAGCAGCGAGUACAGAAGAGGAAAGAAAAAAAGGAUGGGACCUGUGAACAACAACAAACAGAAUUAAAAGACAUUAGUGAUAAUAAACAACCAUCAGAUAAAGUGAAAAAGAAAGUGAAAAAUAAAGUACAGAAAAGUGGCCCUCAUAAAGAUGUUAAAAGACUUAAACAUGCUCCAAAGCGGGACAAAAAGACAUCCAAGGAAGAGAGCAAGGUGAAUAAGAAAUCAACCAAAGGACCUCAAGAGUUUAGAAAAGAUGAAUACCCUGGAGAUGCUCCAGUAUCUAGAAAGUUAAUGUCAAAAUACCAGAGAGGAAAACAGAUGCAAACAAAAGGAACGCGGACCUUCCAUGGACACGUUAAACUUGUUCAAAAUGAGAAAAAGUUAAAUAUGGCAGUAAAACAGGCAGCUCGGUCAGAACGCCUCUUACAGGAAGAACCAGGUUUUCUGAUACCAGAGGAUGGAGAGAGCACUACCAAUGUCAGUCAGUCAGACAUUGUCCAGUCUGUAGACAUAACAACAGCUCAGAAACAUUUCAAUCUGGACCUUCCACAAUUUGGGCCAUACAAGUUGCAGUACACAAGGAAUGGGAAAUAUCUAUUAAUAGCUGGGAGCAAAGGUCAUGUUGCAGCCAUGGAUUGGCUGACAAAGAGAUUGCUGUGUGAAAUUAAUGUCAUGGAAACAGUCAGAGACAUAAGGUGGCUUCAUCAGGAGACCAUGUUUGCUGUUGCCCAGAAGCAGUGGACAUAUGUGUAUGAUAAUCAGGGGAUAGAGUUACACUGUCUGAAACAACUACAUGAAGUUCUGAGGCUGGAGUUUCUCCCAUACCACUUCCUCCUGGCCAGCUCUAAUGUCAAUGGUUACUUGUACUGGUUAGAUGUCUCGGUGGGUCAGAAGAUGGCCGGCCACAGUACUGGACUUGGCAGACUGGACGUCAUGUGUCAGAAUCCUCAAAAUGCCAUCAUUUGCCUUGGACACCCUGGAGGAAGCGUCACCAUGUGGUCUCCGAAUGUUAACGAGCCUCUGGUGAAGAUGCUUUGUCAUGGUGCUGCAGUGAGAUCCAUAGCAGUGGAUUCUAGUGGAAUUUACAUGGCUACAUCAGGGGUAGACAGGAAGUUGAAAAUUUGGGAUGUUAGAAAAAUGCAAAUGUUACACUCAUACCAGAUUGGAUGUGGUGCUGGUAACAUGGUGUUCAGUCAAACAGGAGUGCUAGCACUGGGCAAGGGAAAUAUUGUGGAGGUGUACCAAGACCCAUGUAGACAGCAGAUAACCUCCCCUUACAUGAUUCAGAAGUUGGGAACUACAGUUCAUGGAGUUCAUUUCUGCCCCUAUGAAGAUGUCCUUGGGGUGGGGCAUGGGGAGGGAUUCACAAGUCUCAUUAUCCCAGGUGCUGGGGAGGCUAAUUUUGAUGCCAUGGAAUCAAAUCCUUUCCAGACCAAAAAACAGAGGAGAGAGGCAGAGGUCCAAAUGUUGCUGGACAAGAUACCUGCGGAUAUGAUUCAUCUUGACACAAAAAUGAUAAGUAAAGUGGACAAGAAGACAUUUAUGGAGAAAGUUGAGGAAAAUAACAAGAUACAUUUCAAGAAACCAUUGGCAAUAUCCUAUGAACCAAAACACAGAAUGAAAGGUAAAGGGAGUGGAAGAAAGAAGGAACAGAGGAAGAAAGGAGUGAUAGAAGAGCAUAAGAAAAAGACAGUGAAAGAAAUCAUCAGAGAUAAGCAACAGCAACACAUAAAGGAUAAGAGACACCAGGCAGGAAUUUCUGUCUCUAAAGGUGUUCUGGACAGGUUUAAAAAGACAGAAUCAUGACAGUGUAGUAAAUUCACAUUCAGUUAAAUGCCUUUGUCAAGUUCAUCUGGAGUGAUUUAUGCAGCAGCCUUUGCACUUGAAGCCCCUGAGAAAAAUACUGUAUCAAGGUUCUUUUUUGACCUUGUUGUACAAUUUGUUAUCCUUACUAGGAAUCAUCUUUGAAAUUUGUGUAUGAUUUGGCAUUCUGUAUUUGCCCUAAAUCAGCCAAUUUUACAAAAAUUACUUUUUAACUGCGACUUCCUUCAUUAAUGAAAUGCCACAAGGACCAAAAAUACAGUUGAAAAGUCCUUGGAAAUGUGGUAAUUAUAUUACCAGUGAAUAAUGAUCAAUUUCAUGUAUGCAUAUUUAGUAGAAGAAUAAGUUACCUGUGAUGCUGGAUUUUGAGAUUUUUGGUCAUUGAGAAUAAAUAUUUGAUUUGUCUAGGA